UGCCGAUGAAGAUAGCGGAUUCCAGAAACACUACAUUAUCAAUAUCCAACUAGUCUGUUUAUUUUCCAUUUUCUUUCAGGCGAGUGCGCGGCAUGAUUGAUACCUAUCAUCAAAGGAAUUCUAGAAAAUUUUUCUUGUCGAUUCUCUGUAUCUCUCGAGAGGGAACAUUUAUGUUAAAGCAGGCCAGAAUCUUGUAUAAAUUAUGACUACUGCUACACACGCGCCAUUGCUCCAUAGAAUUCAUGAAAGGAUUAAAUUCUAGAAUUUAGAUUAACAAUCGGAAAAGUACUAAAGAAGUGACAAUUAAGUUAAUUUUGGAUUAAAUUUGGAACUAGAAAGUUCAGGGACCAAAAAAGAUCAAAUGUCAAAGUAAGUGACCAAAAGACGUAUUUUAUCCUAAUAGUUCAAAGUUUUAACUAACCCUCCUCCUUCCCCUCCUGCAGCUCUGCAAGCCUUUGCUCCGCCGCCCCACACACAAUGUUCGCGGCAACCAAGAAUUUCUUCUUUAUCAAAUCCCGGAAGAGAAGGAGGAGAAAUAAGUUCCUCAAAGCUUCUUUGAAGAAACCGAAAUUGCUUCCUAAAAAACAUUUCUCCAGUCUCAGAGAACCUGAACUUGAUGACACCAUCCAUCAAUUUCAAGGAGGAGAAGACUAUGAUGACAAUGAAGUGGCUUUCAGCUUGAAGGCUACCUCAGUUUCACGCUCCCAUGGAGUUCAACCACUGGGCAAUUUUUACCUGAGCACUUCUUCACACAAUUCCAGAAAUUCAGGCCUCGGUAAUUUACAACCUUUAACUGAUGAACUUGUUCUUGAAAUCUUAGGCCUUCUUGAUGGUAUCCAUUUGGGUGUUUUAUCAAAUGUUAGUAAAGCUUUUUAUGUUUUCUGUAACCAUGAAUCCCUUUGGAGGAAUCUGGUUCUCGAAAAUUGUAAAGGUGGGUUCUUAUACAAUGGCACUUGGAGAUCUACUUAUAUCCAUGCAAUUAAGCCUUCCUUUCAACUUUUGGAUUCGGGAUUGAAAGUUAGGGAUUUUUAUUCUGAUUACUUGUUUCAGAGCUGGCUCUGUGCUAAUCUCGAAAUGAAACCCGAAUGGCUUGAGAGAGAUAAUAUAGUAAGAAGGAAAGGUAUCUCAGUGGAGGAAUUUGUGGAGAAAUUUGAGGAACCGAAUAAGCCAGUACUAUUGGAAGGCUGUUUGGACGAUUGGAAUGCACUGGAAAAAUGGGACAAGAAUUACUUGAUUAAGUUGUGUGGUGAUGUCCAAUUCUCUGCUGGUCCAGUUGAGAUGAAGCUUCAGGAUUACUAUCACUACUCUGAUUUGUGCAAGGAAGAGAGACCAUUGUAUUUGUUUGAUCCCAAAUUUGCAGAGAAAGUUCCGCAGUUGGGUAUUGACUAUGAUGUGCCAAUGUACUUUAAGGAAGAUCUGUUCAGUGUUUUAGGCCCUGACAGGCCUGAUUAUCGAUGGAUAAUUAUUGGACCAGCUGGUUCUGGUUCUUCAUUCCAUAUUGAUCCCAACUCCACUUCUGCUUGGAACGCUGUUAUUAAGGGGUCCAAGAAAUGGGUUUUAUUCCCCCCUGAUGUGGUGCCACCAGGAGUGCAUCCAAGCCCUGAUGGUGCAGACGUGGCAUGCCCUGUCUCUAUAAUAGAGUGGUUCAUGAACUUCUAUUCUGAAACUCGAAGUUGGAAAAAAAAACCCAUUGAGUGUGUUUGUAAGGCUGGAGAAGUUAUUUUUGUUCCAAACGGAUGGUGGCAUUUGGUUAUUAACCUUGAGGAUUCCAUUGCCAUUACCCAAAAUUUUGUUAGCAGACUGGCUGCACUUGGAGCUCCUUAAAUACUGAGAUGAAGAUAAAGCCUAGAAGGAUUAGUGUGCAUUACUUUCUGACACCGAAGCUUGAAUAAUGGAUGCUAAAUGAAGUUAAGCUGAAGCAUUGUUUUUAAGGUUAUUAUAAGUAGGUCCUAGCAUGCUAGGACAUUUCCUACUUCCUGAGGAGUAGAUUUAAAUCCAAAGUGCAUUUUCCUUGAAGAAGAGCACCCAAAUAUUAUCAUGGAGUUAAAUUUUAACUUGUUUGGAAUAUCUUAAUUCAUCAAUAAAUUGUACAACGGCACGUGUAAUUUCCAGCCAGUUGAUUAACCCUAGGAUCAAUCAGUCAAUCCCCACAACAAAGUGCUUCAUCAGCGGAAGCACUCAUUUUGUGGUUUGUAAAUAUCAACUUGCAUGUGGCUCUAUAUUUUCAAGUUUUGUGCGCGCCUCUUUGAAAAAUAUCCCUGGUUUUGAGUAUUUAUUGCUUUCUUGCAGGAGGAACUUGUUGAAUGUUUUGGGUUUUUUAAAGAAGCCGAAUGCAUGUGAGGUUGUUUCUGGAACGAGGGAUCGGGUUAAUUUGCACGACAAUUUUAAGAAAGCCAUUGAGGCAUCUUUUCCAGGAACUCUUGAUGAGUUGGUAUUGAAGGCUGAAGAGAAAAAGAUUCAGCAGAAGAAACUUCCAUUUUGGGAAUCUGUUGCAGAUACCAAUGCUGGUGCUUUCAAGUUUUCAUUUUGAUGUGCUGAAUUGCCUCGUAUGUUAGAGAAAUGUUGAUUUUGUAGCCAGAGAACUAGGUAUUUGUUACUUGCGGGCACUAGGGUUUCUGACAUUAGCUUGUUAUUUGAGUUAGCCAGCAGAUGCAAUUUAUGUGCUCUCUGUAGGUUUCAUUUUCUAUCAAUCUUACGCAACAUCAAAUCAGAAUUAUUUGCUUUCUUCUGAGUAAGCACUACUUUGUUUUUACUAAAUGGCAUUACUGCGUGACACCAAAAGUGGUCAUUUGCUUUCUUCUGAGUAAGCACUACUUUGUUUUUACUAAAUGGCAUUACUGCGUGACACCAAAAGUGGUCAUU